AUGCUGCACAUUGACGAGCUGAACCAUGAGCUAUUGACGGCGAUCGCUGGUCACUUGACACCCAAAGAUCUCGGGACGUUUGCACAAGUCUGCCGCGAAUUCAGAUCGAUUGCAAGUGGGGAUGCAGUGUGGAGAGAGAUGCUAUACAACACGUUCGGGAUCACAUACAAGCUACCAGAACAUACGUGGAAGGAACAAUAUAUUCGAAAAUGCGAUGAUCCAUCCAACAAUCGCAUGUGCCCUCACCUUAGCAUGGUCACUGGAAAGACGCUUGCACCCUACGUCGCUCCAUACGAUAACGUCAUGCACCGAAAACCACCGCAGCACAACUGCGCCACGUGUGGCCAAAACCACUAUGCAUCAGGCUUAUGUCUAUAUAUAUACAAAGGAAACAUUCGUAUUCGCUGCAAGGAAUGUGCAUAUCGAUUUCAUGCAAUGGCACCCAAUCGACAUGGCAUCUUAUUACGUAUCCCAACCCUGCAAAUGUAUUGCUUUACAUGUUCUCGAUUGUUAGGAGAGACGCGGGGUGAUGUGAGCGAAGAGCAUUAUGUCGAUCUUUUACUUGAAACAUUGACCCACGACAUUGAGAUUGGUCGUGAACAGCUCCGAAAACGACGACAAUGCUUAUAUGAACGACACCUUUACAACGAGCAUUCGGAUCGAGCGUACUUGACAAAUGCCAUCCCAUACUUUUAUUUUAUCAACCGCAACUGGUUCCGUCCCUGGUUCCUUGCCUUGUGCGACGGCAAGUUGGCAUCGGGCCCCGUGAUCAAUACCGAUUUGGAAGAUGCAAAAGGAAGGAUGAAUCCCGAUGCUCGACCCCGUGAAGGCAGCAUGGCGACAUUCAACAUUGUCACCCCCGCUCUUUGGCAAUACCUUACCGACACAUAUGGCCUUGUGGGAAAACCUUUUCGUUCAGACGAAUUUCAAGGGCCAGAGUAUGAGGAUUUAUGGAAAUCGAUCGAGAAUUGGAAGCUGAUAUAA